AUGUUGUUCAAAGAAUACCGCGAUUACCGAUAAUUGUCACGAAAUCAGCGCCACGUACCGAUACUCGGCGCGCCGUUGUGUGUGCGUGUGCGCGUGCGCACACGUGUCGCAUACGUGACAUACGUGUGCAGUCGUGCAGUGUGUGCGCAUGUUUGUAUUGUAUAUACGGUUGGCUCCGAGGUGGUGUCGUGGUACGGGGGUACGGGAUCGUCGGGAAUCCGUGUGCGAUUCCGAAGCAAAUUCUUCGUGUGCGAUAACGCAAGUGUCAGCGAUUUUCUCCGUUUGGGAAACGCGGUAGGCGUAUUACGGGCUGUACGAAAAAGCGACCGGCACGAAAAUGAGGGAGGCCGGGAUCAUGCUGAUAAGCACCGCGCUAACGUGCGUCGUUAUCGGCAAUGCGUACUAUCAGAGAAAACAGUUCUAUCCGACCGUCGUUCACAUAACCAAAUCGAAUCCGAGCAUGACCGUGAUCUACACGCAAGGAUUCAUCCUUGCGUUCAUGAUAAACGCCUUUCUGCGAAAGAUCUUUUUCGGCACUCUACGCGCCACCGAGCUCGAGCACCUGGUGGAAAAGGUCUGGUACGCCGUGACCGAGACGUGCCUGGCGUUUACAGUGUUCAGGGAUGACUUCAGCCCCAAGUUCAUAGCGUUAUUUACUCUCCUCUUGUUCCUAAAGUCGUUUCACUGGCUCGCAGAGGAUCGCGUUGAUUAUAUGGAAAGAAGCCCAGUAAUAACAUGGUUAUUCCAUCUCAGAGUCGCUAGUUUACUAAGUAUUUUGUUCGCCAUCAAUCUAACGAUGAUUAAUUACGCCUACAAUAUAACAGCCACUAAAGGCCCCUCCGUACAACUUGUGUUUGGCUUUGAAUAUGCAAUUUUGCUGACCGUUGUUUUUAAUAUUACCGUAAAAUACGUCCUGCAUACUAUCGAUUUGCAAAGCGAAACUCCGUGGGAUAACAAACCAGUAUUUUUGUUGUAUACAGAAUUGAUUAUUGGCAUAUUGAAGGUAUUCCUCUUCGUUGCUUUUGUAACCUUAAUGAUAAAGUUAUUUACGUUACCCUUAUUUGCAUUGCGUCCUAUGUACUAUACAAUGCGAGACUUCAAGAAAGCAUUCCAUGAUAUUGUAAUGUCUCGAAGAGCUAUCAGGAACAUGAAUACCCUUUAUCCGGAUGCAACAACUGAGGAAUUGGCUGCUGCUGAUAAUGUUUGCAUUAUAUGCCGAGAGGAGAUGGUCACAGCUAGUAAAAAAUUGCCGUGUAAUCACAUCUUCCAUACCGCGUGUUUACGUAAUUGGUUUCAACGUCAACAAACAUGUCCGACCUGUCGUUUGAACAUUUUGGGGCCUACGCCAAACAACGCACCACCUAGACAGCAAAAUCCUCCCCAGCCUGUACCGCAGGUGCCUCCGCAGCCUCCACAAGCACCUGGUGUCAACCCUAUCGGACCACCCUUUCAUUUCCCGGUAUUUUGGACUGGAUUACCAGCUCCAGGAAUGCCACCGCCGCAACAACAACAACAACAACAACAACAACAACAGCAGCAGCAGCAGCAAUCACAACAACAGCAGCAGCAGCAACCUCAAAAUAAUGCUGGAAGAAAUAUCCCGCUUUUCGCACCGCUGUUUCCUCAAAUGGUACCAUUGCCGCCUAUUCCCCUACCACCAUCGAAUUUUACCGAAUUAAGUGAUGAAGAACUCAGAGCGAUGGAAGGUAACAUGCGGCAAGCUGUUGAAGCCAGGAUACAAAUGCUGCAAAGGGUUCAACUUUUAUUUGAUGCAGGCUAUGCAAUGAUGAUUAAUCAUUAUCAAAGAGCAGUUGAUACUGCUAACAUUCCUGUGAACAAUAAUCCUACAAGCAAUAUCGAUAGUACGUCAGAUAUAUCUACGAUGGCAGAACCAGGGCCAAGUGGCAUAGCGAACACGAAUACUGGAGUCAAUAACGAAAGUUCUCAAGUUAAAGUAGAGAACACUCCUACUCCGAGUACGUCGGAAGAAAACACUUCUACUGCGAGUACGUCGAAAGAAAACGCUUCUAUUCCGAGUACGUCGAAAGAAAACGCUUCUAUUCCGAGUACGUCGAAAGAAAACGCUUCUACUCCGAGUACAUCGAAGGAAGACGCGUCGACACGUAAUGAUACGGUAGAUUUAUCUAACUCUGUGAGCAAACAGGAAAUGAUCAAGUGUAGGAUAAAAAAAUUUUCAUCUGGACAGACAGAAUAAGUAAAAAUAAAAUUGUGUGAUAACUUAUGUAACAUAAUAGUUAACUUGGUUUAUUAGCGGCCUCAACGCAAGCGGUCAAUAAUUGAGGACUGUAAAAGCUAAAGUUUGAAUUUUGUGAUCGGUAUGAGAGAGCCUUGUUGAAUGAUAUUCCAUUCGGUCAGUGGUCAGUUAAUGGGUUUUAAGUACAGAUAGAACUAUUUAUAAAAAAAUCUAGCGAUUGUUAAAUCCAGGAUUUAUUAAUAACCGAGACUGAAAGCUUGAGACUCAAAUUACAAACUGAAGUUAUACUACCAAUAAUCAUAAUCACAUGAAAGAAUGAUUUUAUAGGAAUGACAAUUUUCUGUCUUUCUUUUUGUAAAUGGUUAUCAGAGUACAUACGGAAUGCAAGAAAUUAAUUCCAUUGACGUUAUGAUUUUGAGAUUUCUAAACAUGUUUACCUGUACAUAAUUACAGAUUUUCUUGCUUCUCUAUGUGACCUUUACAGCCGUAUGAGAAUAUUUCUCACGAAACUAUGUAAAACUUUAAAAUUAAUUUGAUAUUCUUUGCAUAAAAAUGUGUUUGAGUACCUUUAUCCCUAAGCUUUAAUAUAUGGAAAAUUCUUAUGUACAUUUAUAAUUAUAUUAUUAUGUAAAUAUGCUA